GUCCGAGGCGUGUGGGUGGGUGAAUUCACGCCGGAGUUCCUGAAUCAGCCAGUCUAGACGUCUGCGAAAGUUUUGAGAAAAUAACAAAAACAAAGACUCGGGCUUCGCCGGGAAACUUGGAGAAGAGUCUUCCGAGAAGGAGGAAUAGGGUACUUUGGACUUUGUCGGCGGUUGACCGAUACCUUGUGAUGAAAAAAAAAGAAGUCCGCGAAGGCGGUUGAAAUCGUUGACUGAUUGCGAGCGAUAGUGUCGAUAGUGCGCGAGUUCAAUUCCGAGUUUAAAAGCUCAAAGCUGAACCGCGUUCUGCGUACCGUUCGAGAAAAGUGCUUUGGGGAUGGAUUUCCAGUGUUACAUUUCAGUGAUCAGUUACAGUUUAUCGUUAUCCAUGACGAUGAUUAGUGGUGCUCGUUAUGGUUGCUGAAACUUCUGACUGUUGCAACGGGUCGAAUCGUUUUAGGAUUCUUCGGGAGAUUCAAGGUCAGCCGGUGCUGUAGUCUCGUCUCUGCUGAAGUUUCAACAAGCCAGACUUCACGGAUCUGAUAACGUUUCUGACGUUGUGGUACAUCGAUGAACCGGAGUGUCGAUCCAGGGUCGAAGCGAUUGACGUUGAUUUGAUUCGGUGCGGCGAGCGAACUUUGCUCUGCAUACGGAAAUAAGAGAAAUCGCUGAUACAACAGGCGACGAGAUGAGGUGACAUAUUCAACGAUGAGUUUAACGAGGCGGCCGCACCUGAGUGAGCUACAAAAUCGAUCUUCGUAACAUAUCAAAAGUGAGAAUAAACGCGGCCUUGUCAAUACAGCUGGAUGCUUGUUAUAACAGUACGCGAUUUUGAUCGAAUCGUUAGUGCGUGAUAAAUGGUAAAUAUCGAUUAAUAAUUCCCCGGUUAAAUUAUCGGCGAAGUAGAGAAAAAUCCUCCGCGUCAAUUCCAGUGCUGUCGUAUUACGAAACAGCUGUUGCAGUUUGUGCAGCGAAUUUGAUAAUAUUGUGCCAUGUAAAUAAGGUGUAAUUAAUAAUACGAAGGCUAUCGGCGAUUAAGAAUAUCAAUAAAAAUUGUGAUAAUCAACAUAUCGAAUCGGAAUAACCUCGCAAAAAUCAUUGAAUUUGACAAAAGUCAAGCUUAACAAGUGACGGUCCGAAAGUGAUGAAAGUUCGCUACUAAAUCUCUCGGAACGAAUUUCGAGACUCACGAUCGGGUCCAUUUUUACUUCCAGCCCGUAACGAGAAACCCUCGAGAUACCUGCUCGAGUAUUAUUUGAAUAUCCUUUUUCCUCGGGACUUCGUGGUGGAAUUUCAAUAAACCCUCGAAGGGCUCCGAUUAACGAGGCACGACUCCCCUGGUAUCGAGUGAACGUCGCCAAUUCAAAAGUCGAGAAAUGUUGUUCAGGUAACCCGAGAUCAUUUCUCUCUCUGCGGUACCGGAAGAACGAAAACGACAAACGAAAUCGAACGGAAGUAAAGAGCGAGUUAAAGUGAAACGCUCGUUUCGCGAUGAAGCUGAAACUGAAAAUCGCGGUUUUAGCCUGCGCGGUCUGGUUGACGGUUUGCUUUUUACUCUACACCGAGGAUCGCGCUGCUGCUGCCGAUCAGAGGCAUCCACAACCUUCCGGCCUCGCCGCACCCCAAUCCGCAAACGGUUUUGCACCCCCGGCGGUUCCGCUUCGGCGAGACACCCCCGCCAAUGGACACAGCAAGACAAAAUUCAACCUACAAGCCGGCCCCGAACAAGGUGGCGGUGUCCUCGCCGCUCCAAGAGAACCCGACGCAUCGGCACCAGGCGAGAUGGGCCGGGCUGUUGUUCUGCCAACGAAUCUCACUGUCGAGACGAAGAAACUCGUCGAUGACGGCUGGCUCAACAACGCCUUCAACCAGUACGCGAGUGACCUGAUAUCCGUGCAUCGAACCCUCCCCGAUCCCAGGGACCAGUGGUGCAAAGAACCGGGAAGAUACAGAACCGAUCUUCCGCCAACGGCAGUGGUGAUUUGCUUCCACAACGAGGCUUGGUCCGUACUUUUGAGGACCGUCCAUUCCGUCCUUGAUCGUUCACCGCCUCCGUUACUCCAGGAAAUUAUCCUCGUCGACGACUACUCGGACAUGCCUCACCUGAAGCGGCAGCUCGAGGACUACAUGAUGAAUUACCCGAAGGUGAGGAUCAUCAGGGCUCCUAAGAGGGAGGGACUGAUCAGGGCGCGUCUCCUCGGCGCCGCGGCUGCGAAAGCUCCGGUCCUCACAUACCUCGACAGUCAUUGCGAGUGCACCGAAGGGUGGCUGGAGCCUCUCCUCGACCGAAUCGCGAGGGACUCGACGACGGUCGUUUGUCCCGUCAUCGACGUCAUCGAUGACUCGACGCUCGAGUACCACUGGCGAGAUUCGGGGGGCGUCAACGUCGGUGGUUUUGACUGGAACCUCCAGUUCAAUUGGCACGCCGUGCCUGAACGAGAAAAGAAGAAACACCAGAACUCAGCAGAGCCGGUCUGGUCACCGACGAUGGCAGGGGGGCUCUUUUCGAUCGACCGUGCCUUCUUUGAAAGACUCGGAACUUACGACAGCGGCUUCGAUAUAUGGGGUGGUGAGAACCUCGAGCUGUCUUUCAAGACUUGGAUGUGCGGAGGUACCCUUGAGAUCGUGCCGUGUUCCCACGUCGGGCACAUAUUCAGAAAACGAUCCCCUUACAAAUGGAGAAGCGGAGUAAACGUUCUGAAACGCAACAGCAUCCGCCUUAGCGAAGUCUGGCUCGACGAGUACGCAAAGUAUUACUACCAGAGGAUUGGACAGGACAAAGGAAACUACGGGGACGUGUCGGACCGCAAAGCGUUGCGGAAGAAAUUGAACUGCAAACCGUUCAAGUGGUACCUCGACAAUAUAUAUCCGGAAUUGUUCAUUCCGGGUGAAGCUGUCGCUUCUGGCGAGGUUCGAAAUCUCGGAGAGGGUGCUUCGACCUGCUUAGAUUCACCGGCCCGAAAAGGAGACCUUCACAAACCGGCUGGACUCUACCCUUGUCAUCGGCAGGGCGGAAAUCAGUACUGGAUGCUGAGCAAAACCGGCGAAAUUCGGAGGGACGAAUCAUGCCUCGAUUACAGCGGGACGGACGUGAUUCUCUACCCGUGUCACGGCAGCAAGGGAAAUCAGCAGUGGAUAUACGACGCUCAGACGAAGCAGAUCAGGCACGGAAGCAGCGACAAAUGCCUAGCGAUCACCGAAAGCAAGCAGCGGCUCCUUAUGGAGGAAUGCUCGAUGUCGGCACCGAGGCAGAGAUGGUCCUUCGAAAAUUACGACCCUUCGAAGCUGUGAUACCGGCCCGUUUCCGAAUACCAGCUGAGCCGCCUUCAGCCGCAGCUUCGGCAUCGUUCCGAGGGCUUUUGGAUCGGUGGGCAGCGAUAUUCCGUUGCGAGGACGCGAUUCGGAUGAUAGGCGACGACCGAGCUACCCUUCACUGCCUGCCUCUUCCGCAAGGACGAUUCGUUCGUUCGCAAUGGUGAAAAACCCCGGUGAAACGAUGAUUUUACCACGUCGAAGAAUGAGGACGGAGUCGAGGAUUGAUCAGCCGCUAUGACGGAUCCGAUUUUCCGAUCAUACUCGCGCUUCAUCUUUCGCUCUCUCCCUAUCUUUAUCUUUCUCUCUCCCUUUCUUACUCUAGAACCUAUCUGUGUGUAUGUAAAUAUAAGAUGUAAUACGGUAUAAAAUAUUACCCGGCGAGAUCAAAGCUCGAAUGAAGAUCAGUGUACGCGUAAAGCUGUUUGAAGAUUUUUCAAUCUUUCAAAGCGGAUAUGGUGUACAUACAUGUAUAGUUGUACCGUAUCGUUAUACCAUCGAAAGUCUGGAUCUCGUCCUUUUUUUAACGAGACACAUUAUAUGUAAUGUACCAAUGCGUCCUUGCUCUGUCGAUAUUUCGAUUCAAAGCCGAUCUGAGAGGAGAGAAGAAACGUUUUUUUUUUCUUUUUUUUUUUUUUUUGCGUAUAAAUUGUUGAUUUACGUUACGAUAACACGAAUUAUACAUAUGAGAAUGGAGAAAUAUCAGGCCUUGAUACGCGAAGCGAAAGAAAAACGAGGAGUGAGAAAAUUAAUUGCACGGCAACGAUCCCUCGGGAGAAAUUGAGACGAUUUCUUUUCCUUCUUUUUAUAUUAUUUUUUUAUUUGUUUUUUUAUCUUCCGAAAGCAAUAAUUAUAAUGAUAAUCAAAACGGUACGCAAUUAGGAAAAAAAAAAAAAAAAUUUCCGGCAACGAACAUGAAACGAAGCUCUUACGCAGAGUCGAAAACUAAGCUUAUUGAUACGAUUUGUGAUCAACUAUUUCCAUCGUCAGCUAUUCGUUAAGUGUAAUAUCGAAAUUGGCUGAAAAACGAUUUUCACCAACGCACCGCGUACCUGCGUAAUAAAUGCAAUAUAUUCGUUAUCGAUCCUUUCGCAGCUUCGAACGGUAUAAUUUUCAGGCUAAUUCACAAUACGUGUAUAAAGUAUAAAAUCGAAUUCCCGCGUGUUGAAACACCCUGUCUGCGUCUUCCAAUAUUACUGCAUUCCGCGAGCUCAACUAUUGCUAUAUUUACAUGUAUACAGACAUAUAUAUAUAUAUAUUCAGUAUAUACACGCAGACUGUUGUGAGGCUGCCACGCGUUAAUUAAAUCGUCCGUAUAUAAUAUCGAUCGUUUUUAUUAUGCACAUAUAUGCAUAUCAGCGAAUCUCUAAGGUAUCAAAACGCGUGUCCCGUCUGUGCUUACGAGCUCAUUCUUUCGUCUGUGUAGUUUUUGCUGGGGAUCCUUGUUUGAAAGAUCGGUUAAACAUAGGAGACGAAAAACAGCCUCUGAUAAAGAAAGACGAAAAAUUCUUUGUACCGUAACCGACGCGCGUACGAAUUUAAAUACAUAUCUGUAAUGAAUGCGAGAAUGAGCAAAUCGUAUUGUCAUAUUCUCAAAAAGAAAUUUGCCUCUCAUUGAUAACGGAGAGCUAUAUAAGGCGAAGCGAUGAAAUGAGAUAAAAGAUAAAAAUUUAUACAAAUAAAAAAUACAAUUACUCUGUUGAAAAUGCGGUUUACGUAUCUAUGUUUCAUAUCAUGACGAAGUGAUCGUCACCACUCGCUGCUGUUAUAUCGUUGUGCAAAUCUUUACCAAUCAUUCUGUAUAAUAAGGCUAAGUAUCUCGAUCGCAGAGACAAAUAUGGCUGUAACGUGUCGUUGUGCAAAAAGUUCAAUGUACCAUAUCAGAAUGUAUAUUCGUAUAUGUAGGCUUCGAAAUUAUCUCGUAUCGCACUGUAUUCAAUUUCAGUUCUUCUUCUUCUUCUUCUUCUUCUUCUCCUUCUUCUCCGUUAAUCUCCGUUCAAGUUUUCGUUAUUAUUGCAUUUUUUUUUUUUUUUGUUUUUUCGAGUUGAGAAACUUUUGCAUUCCAGGGAGAGAAGACGAGAAAUUAUGAAUAUUGCAAUAUUGCAUUUAUAUAUAACUGGAAAUAUAAGAAAU